AUGAGCAGGCGUAGCUUGCAUACAUCUACUAGUACAAUGUCUGAAGACGAGAAUGGUGAAGAAAUGACAGAACUGGAGUACAGAAUCCAUGCAAGGCGUGGUUUUGAGAAACUGUUCAAGGAACUUCAAGAUCGAUGCGUCCGGGCAGCCAAAAUGAAUUACCAUAUAGCUGCACGCCAUGCCAAAACGGAACAUAGAUUCGGAAUUGUGCUAGCCAUAUUUGGUCCAGUCGCAUCCUUCAUCUUGCAGAAGUUGGCUGAGCAGUUCAAUUACAACUCAAAUUUGACUUAUAUAACAUCAAUAAUUGUAACUAGUUGUAUAGGAAUUGGACUUGCCAUGGAACCAGUACAGAAAGCAAUAGACAGUCUUAUUCCUAUAUUUAGAGACAAAAAACAAGCACACGUAGAAGCUGCAGCGGGAUGGCAGUUUCUAGAACUGACAAUUCGAGCAUACAAGAUUCAACUGAAAGAUCCACAUUUAACUUUUCGCAAGAGUAACAUAUGGUGGAAGAGUAUUCUAACAGAAAGGCGGAAACUAUGUCUGACACCUAUUCCUGAGAAUGUUUAUGAAGAUUUUAGCAAUAAAUAUCCGUGUUCGCCGAAUAAAAGUGAAAUUGAACAAGUACCUGCAGACCAAACAUAA